AUGGAUGCAGAUCCCGUGCCUCUGGGCAGGCUCACUGCGGCCAUCGCUGCCUACGAGGACGUAGGUGGGCAUGUGGAGUACUGCCUCAAAGUGACACAUUGCAGCGGCAUCUCCUGGACGACCUGGCGACGGUUCUCAGACUUCCAUCAUGCGCAUGAGGAGCUGAGCUCGCUAGUGGACUCCAGAGACUUGCCUCCGGGCCCUGAGAGAUCUUGGAUUCCGGCCUUUACGCAGUCACUGUCGGCAGACUUCUGUGAGCAAAGAGAGCAGGAACUGAACACUUACCUGCAGCGGGUGCUUCAGGGCCAGGGCGCGGCGCUGCCGGCGCCGCUGCGGCGGCUGCUGGGCCUGCGGCGGCCCGAGCCGCCUGGGAGCCUGCGGGUGGUACCCAACAAAGGCCGUGGACAGCUGGAGCUCGAGGUGAAGCCCCCGGAGGCCAUGACCUUUGAGGAGAGGCAGAGCCAGCGUCGGAUGGAGCUCGGUGGGCCCGUAGACGGCUACUACAUCGAGGUGGUGAACCUCGAUUCUGGUGGAAAGCACCGGCUGACCCGAGACGUUGGGGCAUCGGGCACCUUGCCUCAGAAAGCACAGGUGGGGCACCUGGACAGUGGGAGGCACACCUUUGCUGUCGCCGCGUACAACGGCGCGGGCUGCUCGGGGCAGGUCUCCAUAACCGUGGAUCCCAGCCUCGCUUUUGCCACUCCCUGGGAAGUAUGGCAUGGUGCAGGACCUGGUACAGUGAGUGCCUUGCCUCACCCUGCCUACUCGAGUGCACGAGCAGCCCAUGCUGGGCCCCAGUGGGCACCCCAACCUCAGCAGGCCGCGCCCGUUCAGCCCGUUCAAGCUUCUCCCUGGCCAAAGCUCCCCCGACCGACUCCGGUGGCUUUCCGACCGAUUCCGGUGGCUUUGGCCCGGGCAUCCGAAGCGAUGGGGCCGCAGCCCCUUCCUAAGUUUCCUACUCGCAGUUGUGAAUUCGUUCUUUUUGUGAUUUAUGUACAGGUUUUUCGUUCCUAG